AUGGCUCUUCCGAAUGCUUCACGACCCGUUUCCUGGUCGAAUACUACAGCAGCAUCGACAAGACCACCAAGUCCUGUCAACAUCGAAAAGGACCAUGACAAAAGUCGCCAAUCGUCGACGAUAGCAGACUUCAAUCCAGGCAUCGAUCCCGAAAAAGGCUCUCCACAGAAUGCAGGUCAAGAAGCAACACCCAGCGCUCCUCAUACCUCAUCACAAGAUCGCCCUUCAGCGCUCGACUGGGACGGUCCCGAAGAUCCUCUGAAUCCUCACAACUGGAGUGCAGCGCGAAAAUGGUAUCAAACAUACACGAUAUCAGGCAUCGCAUUUGUAGGAACCUUCGCAUCAUCCGUCUUCACACCCGCCAUCGAACAAUCAGCAUCAGAGCUCCACUCCACCCAACUCAUCGCAACCUUCGCAUACUCCAUAUACGCUCUCGGACUCGCUUUCGGCGGACCAUUCGCCGCGCCUCUGAGCGAGACAUUCGGACGGCGACCCCUCAUCUUCAUCAGUCUGCCUAUCUUCGCGCUCUUCAUACUCGGGACGGGUUUCGCGCAAAGUAUGGCGAGUCUGGUGGUGCUAAGGUUCUGGGCUGGUUUCUUCGCUGCUCCCAGUUUGAGCAUGGGGUCAGGCACCCUGAGCGAUAUCUGGCCGCCUGAGAAGCGUUCUGGUCCCAUGUCGCUGUAUGUCGCAACACCGUUCAUGGGCCCAGCCUUAGGGCCGAUCUUGGGUGCUGCAGUGACACAGACACGUGGCUGGCGCUGGACUUCCUGGUUGAUACUUUUCUUUACUAUUGUGCUUGUCAUUGCACCUGCACCGUUCUACAAGGAGUCGUACAAGCCUGUCCUCCUUCGUCAGCGCGCAAAGAAGCGGAAUCUUCCGCUGCCGCGAUCGCCGACUGAAGGCAUGUCGCUGCCGAAGAUUGUCAGUACAUAUGCGACCAAGACGCUCACUCGGCCUAUGCAUAUGCUCCUCACCGAGCCGAUCGUGGCCACGUUCAAUACGUACUCUGCAUUCAACUUCGGCUUGCUAUACGCCUUCUUCGCCGCUUUUCCAUACGUCUUCGCGACAGAGUAUGGCUUCGACAGUGUCUCAACAGGUUACACGUUCCUGGGUUUGGGCGUUGGCGUCAUCAUUGCUACGAUCUGUAUCGUGUCUUUUAGUAAGCUUUACUACCUGCCUCGCGUACGCAAAGCGAUUGCAGAGAAGACUCCAGCACCGGCUUUCGCAACGUCGCGACUAGCACCUGAAAAGCGAUUGCCUCUUGCAUUCGCUGGUGGUCCUAUUCUCACUAUUGGCCUCUUCCUUUUCGGAUGGUCGGCCGCUUACCGCGUCCAUUGGAUCGUACCGACCAUCGCCGAAGCCUUCUUCGGAGGGGAUGGGCCCAUCGAAGGAGCCUUCGAACUCGACCUUGCCAAUGGCAUCGACGAGGCCGUCGCAACAAGCGUCACGCGUCCCUGGCUCUUCGCCUUUAAGCCCACCACGUCUACACCAAACGGACGAAAUAUCCUUAUUCUAGGUGGAGGAGGAUACAUCGAGCUCAUGGUGGGAAGAGAAGGUGUGCAGGUAGCCAGAUGGCUAGCAGGGCUAGGAUUUCAUGCCUUCGUGCUCAUACAUCGUUUUCCGAAUAAAGAGACGGGCAUUCAGGCGCCAAUUGACGACGCCAGACGGGCGCUCACAAUGUUUUAUGAGAAGGGCUUUGGAGUACGCCCUAUGGGUGUAUGCGGUCUCUCAUCCGGUGGUCAUCUCGCUGCAUCGCUACUCUCGACGUAUCCCACCUGUUGGAGCAACCCGAAUGCCGAAAGUGGUGUUCCAUACCUUGAAUUCGCUAUCAUUGGCUAUGCGCCCAUCUCGACGAAUGCAAAAGGACGCCAGAUCAUUCCGAACAAGCCAGCGCUGGAGCCGCCGGAGAAACAGGCGCUUUACGAUACGGUGCAGCCAGACGUACAGUUGGAGAGCAGGGUUCCGCCAACCUUCAUAGUGUAUGCUGGAAAUGAUCCGGUCGUGCCGGUGGUGAAUGCAUAUAGGCUCGCUGAAGGCAUCAUGAAAGCUGGUGCUCCUGUAGAGCUUCACGUUUUCUCGGAUGCGCCGCACGGGUUUGCAUUGGACACGCUGGGACUUCCGGUGAGCGAUUGGCCGAGCAUGUGUGAAAAGUGGAUGAGACAGGGUGGAUUUCUGAGCUAG